AUUAGUCUGGUUCGAGCCUCCUAGCAAAGCCUAUGCUGCCUGCUGUAAAUCAGGAACCAGUCUCCCAAAUACACCGUAAAAGUGCUGUGGUUCAACGAACGUUCAACGUACAUGUACAUCAGACAUGUACAUGUUUCACUGACUGGUGACACAUGCGAUUUGCCAGGGUCUAAACAUACUUAAGCCGGGCUCGGACUGUCUUGAUAUCCAAGUUGUGGUUCUUACAUCGACGUGUCCCAUGGCAGGGGAAGUGAAAUGCCGAUAAUGCUAAAGAGGAGGAAUUCAAUUCGUUCAUAAAUAAGGUUUGUGAACUAGAUUCUUUGUGCCAUGUGAUCUGAACACAGACAUGAUCAUGAUGGACCAUCGAUGAGCAUGAUGAGGUAGAUUUAUACAAAACUUCGGGAGUUUUUCUUCAAAUCCUGUGCUGACAUCACACAACAGAUACAGUGUGAGCUAUUGACCAGUGAAGAGGCUACUUCAAAGACUUCAAUGGGGAACUGCUUGGACUGUAAGUCCCACGAGGGGGCAGAGAAGAAGACGAGGGGGGCAAACAAUGUUCAGCGGUCCCAGCAGCACAAUGACACCAGCUACAAGGCCAUCAGCAAGAAAGACAGCCUCAAACUUGAGGUGAACGAAUCAUUCCCAAACCUACAGCAUAUAAGUGACAGGGAGCAGUUUGUUGAAGAAGACACCGAGGAUCCUUCCCUCCAUCCCAAAACGAGCACGUUAUUUAUGACCAAGUCGCAAACACUUGAAGUGGUUCGUGAGAGACGGAAACAGAACCAACUACAGUGUCUGAAUGAGCAGGCUGCCCAUCACAGGCGGAGCAGGUUACUGACUAAGUCCAGCUCUUGCUCGACGAUAUAUAUCGAUGAUAGCACUGUCACUCAGCCCAACCUCAAGGCCACCAUCAAAUGUGUUGCUCUUGCAAUUUACUACCACAUCAAAAACAGGGAGUCUGACCGACAGAUGGAUAUAUUUGAUGAGAAGUUGCAUCGGCUUACGAAAGAUCCAUUGCCAGAUGACUACUUCAAAACCAAUCCUGAACACAAGCACAUUUACAGAUUCAUUCGGAUGUUGUUCAACGCUGCCCAGCUGACUGCUGAGUGUGCCAUUGUCACAUUAGUGUAUCUGGAGAGGUUAUUAACCUACGCUGAGAUAGACAUUACUCCUACUAACUGGAAGCGAAUGGUGUUGGGAGCAAUCCUCCUAGCAUCCAAGGUGUGGGAUGAUCAAGCCGUAUGGAAUGUGGACUACUGUCAAAUACUGAAAGACCUGACUGUAGAAGACAUGAAUGAGCUUGAGAGACAGUUUCUUGAGAUGGUGCAGUUCAACAUCAACGUUCCCUCCAGUGUCUAUGCUAAGUACUACUUUGAUCUGCGUGCCCUGGCAGAUGCCUAUGAAAUCUCCUUCCCCUCAGAGCCACUCAGCAAAGAAAGAGCCCAGACAUUGGAGGCUAUUUCAAGGCUUUGUGAAGAGAAGACGCGAGACCAAAUGUACCAGGACCUGAAGCGUUCUUCCAGCAUGGACGGCAUUCACUUAGGCCCCAAGUUCACUGCUGCCAUCAUCUCAUGACACCUGCCUUGCAGAGUCACACAUCCGUCUGGAUUCGAACCAGGGACAUAUAAAAGUGCAAGUACCUAAACAAAAAACUGGCAUUUUGGUUUUGGUGAACCAGUUUUUAUCUUUGUGGCAAGGCAGCUCCCCUUUGAUGUUGAAGAUGAAGCAGGUGGGGCAGACAUAUCAGUGUAAUACUUAUCUUGCCAGGUCGACGUGGAAUCGAACCAGGGACAAAGGAUGAAAGUUGAGAUGCUCAUGGUGGUCAUAGAACAAGUGACAGAGUGUCUUGACAUUUGAACUGAACAUUUUCUUGCCAGCUUGUAGAUUGUGAACAUGUUGACCCAUUGUCCCUUCCCCCUCCUGCCCAAGGACAUCACAAUGCUGUCAUUGGUAUGCUACAGAUGACAGCUACGGAUGGAUGUCACUGAGUGUGAUGCCAAUGUUGUCAAGCUAUCAGGACACAUAUUAGCUAAGCAGAUUAACAUUUGGCAUUGACACCAAAGUACCAGCUAAAGUGUUAUGCGAUUUGUGCAUGUCUGUUAGCUGGUUCCCAUGACUCGUGUAAAAUCAUCUCCUUGUCUACAAAUAUUUACGUCCUAGGGUAAUAUUCAUUUAUCUCACCUUCCAACAUGCAUCUCUUACCCUUCAUGUACAAAAAUCACAAUUGAAUAAAAUAACUAAUUCUGGAUUAUCCAGCUAGUACGUAAAUGUUGUUUUAAUAUGAGAAAGUGGUGUAUUCUUCCAUGUGUUACUCACAGAUUGCUUUAUUGCAUAAGUGGCUGUGACUAGGCUUACUACGGAGUAUGUUGGUGCCAUUGUAAUGUUUGGCAUAAAAAAAUUGUUUUCACACUUGAACAUUGCAGAGGGUGUUGAAAGUACUCUUGUUAGUGGGAAGUUGAAGAAGACCCAUUAUAAUGAAGUAUUCAAAUUAACGCCAGUUAAUGCCACCUCAAGCAGAAGCACCCCCUCAUUGGCUGAAAAGACCCAUAUUGGUCAGGAGUGUUCAUUUUGUUGGUAGUGAU